UCCAUCUUUAAUAAUGUUACUUACCUGGUAAACCAAACGCUUCCUCUCCUCCUCUCAGUUUAAGCAAACAGUAAUACUUUCAUUUACUCACGAAAAUGCUUCGACAAGCAGGAUCUAGAUUUAUCAGAGCUCCUGUUUGCGGCUACCGCCCAUUCUUUUGUAGUAAACGUGGCUAUGCGGAAAAAGCAGCUCCCACUGAAGUUCCUUCCAUUUUGGAGGAACGUAUCCGUGGUGCUUACAACCAAUCACAAAUGAUGGAAUCUGGACGUGUCUUGUCCAUUGGUGAUGGUAUUGCUCGUGUUUCCGGUCUUUCCAACGUACAAGCUGAAGAGUUGAUUGAGUUCUCUUCCGGUGUCAAGGGUAUGGCCUUGAACUUGGAAGCCGAUACCGUCGGUUGUGUACUUUUCGGUAACGACCGUCUUGUCCGUGAAGGUGAUGUUGUCAAGCGUACUACCAACAUUGUUGACGUCCCCGUCGGUGAGGCCUUGCUUGGUCGUGUCAUUGAUGCCUUGGGUAACCCCAUUGAUGGCAAGGGCCCUAUUAAGACCACCGAACGUCGUCGUGCUCAAUUGAAGGCUCCUGGUAUUUUGCCUAGAACCUCCGUCUGUGAGCCUAUGCAAACUGGUAUGAAGGCUAUUGACUCUAUGGUUCCCAUCGGUAGAGGUCAACGUGAGUUGAUUAUUGGUGAUCGUCAAACCGGUAAGACUGCUAUCGCUAUGGAUGCUAUCCUUAACCACAAGCGCUGGAACAGUGGCAAUGACGAAAGCAAGAAGCUUUACUGUGUUUAUGUUGCUGUCGGUCAAAAGCGUUCUACUGUUGCCCAAUUGGUCCAAAAACUUGAACAAAACGACGCUCUUAAAUACUCUGUUGUUAUCGCUGCCACUGCUUCCGAAAGUGCUCCCUUGCAAUACUUGGCUCCUUUCACUGGUUGUGCUAUUGGUGAAUGGUUCCGUGAUAACGGAAAGCACGGUUUGGUCACCUAUGAUGAUCUUACCAAGCAAGCUGUUGCUUACCGUCAAAUGUCUCUUCUUUUGCGUCGUCCCCCUGGUCGUGAAGCUUUCCCUGGUGAUGUUUUCUAUCUCCACUCUCGUCUUCUCGAACGUUCUGCCAAGAUGAGCAAGGAACACGGUGGUGGUUCCUUGACUGCCUUGCCUGUCAUUGAAACUCAGGGUGGUGAUGUUUCUGCUUACAUUCCCACUAACGUCAUUUCUAUUACUGAUGGACAAAUCUUCUUGGAAUCAGAACUCUUCUAUAAGGGUAUCCGUCCCGCUAUUAACGUCGGUUUGUCUGUCUCUCGUGUCGGUUCCGCCGCUCAAGUUAAGGCUAUGAAGCAAGUUGCUGGUCAAAUCAAGCUUUUCCUUGCCCAAUACCGUGAAGUUGCUUCUUUUGCCCAAUUCGGUUCUGAUUUGGAUGCUGGUACCCGUGCUACUUUAGAAAGAGGUCUUCGUUUGACUGAAUUGCUUAAGCAACCCCAAUACUCUCCUUUGGGUGUUGAAGAGCAAGUUCCUAUCAUUUACGCUGGUGUCAAGGGUUACCUUGACAGAAUUCCCGUCGCUCGCGUUGUUGAAUUCGAACAGAAGUUCCUUCCCUUUUUGAAAUCUAGUGGAUCUGAUGUUACUGAAGCCAUCCGUACUGAGGGUGUCCUUAGUCCUGCCACUGAAGAGAAGUUGAAGGGUCUCCUCAACGAAUUCUUGUCUUCUUUCUAAGUUCGCAGGUUCAACUCAAUAGGUGCUGUCACUACAUGAGGUUACUAUCUUUUAUCCUAAUAAUGAAAUGAACGAUUCAACAUCUUUUGUACUUGUGAUAACCUGCCGGUGACUUGCCAUUUAUCAAUUAUAUGUUUGCUGAAUUGAUAAUUUUACGAUUUGUCCCCCCACUUAUUCAUUACCAAAAGGUAGUAUAGUUUUGCUUUUCUGCAAGCUGCUUGCUUUAUUAGCUAAAUAGCAAUUAGCCCUAUAAAAUUUAAAAGCUCGAUUAUUGAUCUUUACAAUAAAUUUACUCAUAAAUCGUAGCUACUUCGAUUGCAAUAAAUAAUUUACUGAACUUCCAAAAGAAAAUUUAUUCACAAAUGUUGAAAACAACUGCC